UGUUCCGAGACGUUGUUUUUCUCCGGUGUAUUUUUCCAAGGAUUUGUUUUAGUUGAGAAAUGUCGAACGGAUUAACAGUGUUAAAUAAUGAGAAGAACGCCAAGGAAACAAACUGCAACGCGUCCACGCUCAGUGCCACCACUACUAUAUCUCUCGCGGAGGGAUUGCAGGAGGGACACUUGACAGGGAUGGAGCAGCCAAACAUCUGCAGACCGAACCUGAAGAGACCUGCCGAAUCAGAACCUGAAGGUACGUCCAAUUCAAAGAAACGUCACAAGAAUCCACAGCCAAAGAACGCGGUGUGUGCUUUGAACGAAUUAAAAACUGGUGCAGUAUACAAGGUUGUUGACCAAACUGGCCCGACACAUGCUCCAAUAUUUACAAUAGCUGUACAAAUAGAUGGACAGACGUACGAAGGCAAAGGCCGUACCAAGAAAAUGGCAAAGCAUGCAGCUGCAGAGCUCGCAUUGAGAAACAUCAUACAAUUCCGAAACACGCCGGAAGUUCAUCAAGCGAUCAACACUUGCCAACCUUCCAUACCUCUCGAGCCAGAUUUCACGAGUGACGUGACAGAACGCGAUAAUCAUCUUGUCAAUGCUUUCAAAACCUUAACGCAAGAACCAAAGAGCACAAAUAAAUUUUUAGAGAAAGGGCCUGUAGCGCUUAUUAACGAAUUAUACCCUGGUGUAGUAUACAAAUGCGUGUCUGACAACGGGGAGAGCUAUGCAAAAUUCACGAUAUCGGUAACGAUCGACGGAGAAACGUUCGAGGGAACUGGACCAAGUAAAAAAUUAGCUAAAGCUGCGGCUAGUAAGGCAGCGUUAGCCAAGUUGAGGAACGUUCACAGUUCCUCAUUUUGUAUACCGCUGCCUGUUCGCGUAUUGCCAAACUUUUCCAAUAGCGGCCAUUGGCAAGAUCAAAUGACCCUACCUCAAAUGUUAGCCGAUAAGAUCGGUAAAAUGGUGAAUCAAAAAUUUAGCGAAUUAAUACAAUCGAAACCGCAACACGCACGACGUAAGGUAUUAGCAGGCAUCGUACAAACGAAAGGUUCGGACGCGGAAUUGAUAUGCGUAACAACCGGUACCAAAUGUGUCUCUGGAGAGCACCUGAGCGUGAGCGGUGGUGCUCUAAACGAUUGUCACGCCGAGGUAGUGGCAAGGAGAUGUUUAUGCGAGUAUUUAUAUAAGCAAUUGGAACUUCAUGCAGAGGAUCGUGACGUGGAGUCGAUUUUAGAACCGACGAAAAAGGGGUUCAAAUUAAAACAGGGCAUUCAGUUUCAUUUAUACAUAAACACCGCUCCGUGUGGUGAUGCGCGAAUUUUCUCGCCUCACGAAGAAAACGAGUCCGUUGACAAGCAUCCGAAUCGCAGAGCAAGGGGUCAAUUGAGAACGAAAAUAGAGUCCGGAGAGGGUACCAUACCGGUGAAAAGCAGCGAAGGUAUCCAAACGUGGGACGGUGUACUGAUGGGCCAAAGACUGCUGACGAUGUCGUGUUCGGACAAAAUAGCUCGGUGGAACGUACUUGGUGUGCAAGGUGCACUUCUAAGCCACUUCAUCGAGCCAAUUUACUUCCACAGCAUCGUUCUUGGCAGUCUAUUGAACCCAAGCCACAUGUAUAGAGCGGUUUGCGGCCGUAUCGAAAACACGAUUCAAGGUCUACCGCCACCGUACAGGCUUAAUAAGCCGCUAAUGAGUCUUAUCACAUCUUCUGAGGUUAGACAACCGGGGAAAGCACCUAAUUACAGCGUUAAUUGGACAAUCGGCCAGCCGGAAGCUGAGGUGAUAAACUGUACGACGGGAAAGGACGAAUUAGGGAAACCUUCGAGAAUAUCGAAACAAGGUCUUUUCAGAAGAUUCUACAACUUGCUAGGUAAACUUGACACGAUAGACGACGCUGACAGGAAUAAGUGCCGUCAUUACUUAGAUGCGAAAUCUUCCGUGCAGAAUUACUCGCUUGCCAAGCAUCAGUUGAAGGAAGCUUUCGUAAAGGCACAUCUUGGGAGUUGGGUUAAAAAACCGAUCGAACAAGAUAUGUUCGAAGUUGAUAUCUGA